CUCAGUGGGAGUGCGGCACAUGCACACUGCUCAACAAUUUGGAAGCGAAAAAGUGCCUCGCGUGCGGCACGAAGCGGCGGCGCCCCGCCCCCACUCCCACCGCGAGAUGCGAGACCAAGGUGCGCCGGCUGGGCGACGCAGCGACCUCCUCUCUCUCGAGCGGCUCCUCUCUCGCGCGCCGACUUCCGGGAGGAGGUCCUCUUCCAGGAGGAGCGGCGGAGGCCGGCGCGGAGGAGGCGGCCGACGGCGGCGUCGUGGCCCACGGCGCGUCCUCCUCCGCGGCCGGGCUGCGCGAGGCGCCACUCUCGCGCGCGGCGCUGCGGCUCGCUGCCGAGGAGAGGGUGGCACGCGCGGCGCAGGCGCUGCGGGAGGCGGACGCGCGCGUGGUCCGGGCCGAGGAGGAGCGGAGGGCCGCGGAGGCGGCGCUGCAGGCUGCGUACGGCGAGCUCGAUUGGUCCCCUCCGGGCGAGGUCGAGGCGUCGAGCACGCCCGAGUCGUCCCCCACCGCCGACGCCGGCUCCGUCGUUGGCGCCGAGGCGGCGGGCGGGGACGCGCACGCCGCAGCGGAGGCGCCGCCCGACGGGUUGCGGCCAGAGGAGGGGCUUCGGCCCGAGGAGGGGAUGCGGCCCGAUCGGCUGGGCGAGGCGUGGCGGGACGGCCGUGGCAAGGAGGAGGCCGGCGGGCCGGGGCAAGGAGGAGGCGUCCUCCGCGUCGAAGGCCUCAACGCGCAGGCGACGCGAGAGUCGGCGACGCGAGAGUCGGUCCGCGAGCUCUUCCAGCCGCACGGAGAGGUGGUCGAGGCUGCGAUGCGGGCAGCAAAGUACGAGCAGCGCAGGGCGGCGGACCCGCGCACACCGUGGCCGCUGAGGGUGGCGGAGGCGUCGACGGAGCCUCGCGGCCCGUCGGUCAAGUGGGAGGAGCCCUCGCAGAAUGAGGCCGACCCCCUCUCCUUGGACCAGCCCGCCGAGGGAGAGCCCUCCUCCGACGAGGACGCGCUGCACCACCUCAUGUACUCCCCCGCCGAGGAUGCCCUCCUCGGCCUGACGCCGCGCGACUUCGAGUACUUGCCGCCCGAGCCGUCGCCGCUGUCCGGACGCUACUCGGACAGGCCCUACUCGCCAGGCAGGUCGGAGCUUUCCCCCUACCCGGCGAGCUUGCCAGAGCGCCUCGGGGGCCCUUGGUUCACCACCUGA